AGCUUACACUGACCGGGUGACUGUAAGCAGCGAUUCUUUAAAACUGACAAGUGUAGAUUUAAAUGACCAGGGCAUGUAUGACUUUACAUGCAAGAAGAAAGGGAAGCUAGAGCUCACUGAUCUGCAAGUAUUCCUGCCCUCUGAAGUUGUUGUAGAUGAGGGUGAGGAUGCUGCACUGCCGUGCCGCUCCAUCACAGCAGGUCAGAGGGUGAAGUCUGCGCAGUGGAGGCGAGACGGAGAGGUGGUGCUGGAGCUGAAUCCUCCACAGGUUACUUAUGGGAAUGACUUUGAAAGCCGGGUAUCAAUAUCAUCAGACUGGUACCAAAGGGCAGACCUGUCCCUCACCAUAAAGCGAGUUCACCUGAGGGAUCAAGGCGUUUAUUUCUGUGACGUGGACAAGACGGAGCGACACCGCUCAGCUGUGCGCCUGCGAGUUCGAGAGACCGUCCCUAAAUCCCUGACCAGCACGCUAAAGCCUACACUGAUGCCGACACCGACGACUUCAGAAGUAAGCGGACUGGGAACUCUGGCCGCUGUCUGCAUCACAGCUGUGGUCUUUUUGGUUUGCGGCCUUGUGUGUGGAUGGCUCCUGAAAUCUCACUGCUCCACGUACUUGUCACGUCUUCUCCGACGCUUUGGACCCAGAGAUGAACACCAUGAUGUAAAUGGGGCGUCGGAGCCUCUGAGCCAUCGUCCUCCUCUGCAGAUGAAUGGCCACAAUCCAUCAACUACGUCCCAGGCAGACGUCUGAAGACUUUUAGGAUCAAUAAGUGACAACUUUUAACUUAUUAAUGCGCUUCAGCUUAUUUAUGUGUGCAGCUUAUAAUUAUUAUUAUGAUUUUUUUUACACCGAUUAAAGCUUUUGUU